UCAAUUUCGUGAGAAUUAAAUUUUAUUCGAAAUACCUAAAAAUCGUGACUCAUACCCUGUCUUCAAAUUAUUGUCAAAUAACUCUUAGUUAAAGACGUAAUGAUCACGAAAGUGAACCGUUGCAUGUCAUCAAAUUACAUAAAAGGCCAAUUGACAGUCACGAACACUUUCAUGUAAAUACAGCCAUUACGAGUAUUUGGCUGUAGGUACUCACGUUCGUAAUAGCAUGUUACUUUUAAGAAGCAAAACGUUGUUUACUUUACUUCAGUUUCGCUGAGUUCGCCACGUGAAGUGAGAAUGGCACCCACACGCACCUAAAUUUGUAACAAAGAGCCUAAGCAACCGGAUGGGUUAAACGGAAUUGUUUUAAGAUUAAUCUGCAAGUUAAUGAUUCGUACUAAUUUUAAAACUUUUGUCGCGUCAUUGAUCGAGGUCGACAGUAAUGAACCAUCAAGGUCUUCUCAGCUCUUUCUUCAUUCUGUGUAUUGGUGUAUUUACCGGAAUCACGGUUUCCAUCCAAAGCCAUGUUCAAGAGAGAAUAUUCAAAGACGGUGACAUAAAUUUAGGUGGAAUGUUUCCUCUCCAUUUAUUCAAGAACGGUCAGGGAUCGUCGUCAUCAUGUACGGAUCUUCGCUCCCGAGUGUUGCUUCUAUCAGAGGCCAUGAUAUACGCCGUCGAUGAAAUAAAUAGAAAUGGCACAAUUCUUCAAAAUGUGACGUUGGGCUACGACAUUCGCGAUACGUGCGGCAACGAACAAGAAGGCAUUUCUAUAGCGUCGGAUUUUGUUUACGAGAAUGCACUUAAACUUGACCCACGCUUCUCUGUGACAAACUCUUGUCGUGCGGAAGUCGCGCCAUCAAAGGAAGCAACUGUAAUAGCAGUCAUUGGAGGACUGGAUUCUCGUGUUUCUGUCAACGUGGCAAAUGUACUCCAAGUACAAGAUGUACCGCAAAUAAGCUACGGGGCGUCAAGCGCUGAAUUAGCGGGAGCGGAGUUUACAUCGUUUUUUCGCACUGUUCCAGUAGAUACCUUCCAAUCACAAGCUAUGGCAGAACUGGUUGCGCACUAUGGGUGGACCUGUGUGGCAGUAAUCGGGGUGGAUGACUGGUACGGUCGUAGUGGCGUUGACGCUUUCGCUACCGCGGCCAACGAAACUGGAAUCUGUAUUGUGUUACAAGAACUGUUCCCUGUUCACGACUCGGAAACCCAAAUACAGACCAUGAUCAGUCAACUGAAAAACAUGGGUCAAGUUCAGAUUAUAAUAUUAUACAGUUUAUCACCUCAAGCGAUAAAGGUCUUUGAAGAAGCAGUGAAGCAAGGUUUGACCGGGAGGACCUGGAUCGCGAGUGACGGGUGGUCAGAAUCUUCAUUGAUUCUUCAACCUCGCUUUAAGCCGAUUAUACAAGGCGCAAUAGGAUUUGGAUUCCACACACAUAGGUUUGAAGAAUUUGAAAAACACGUCACAGAAAUGACGCCUCUUUUGCGAAGAGGGGCUUGGUGGAAUGAAUUUUGGGAAAUGGAGUUCAACUGUUCGAUAUCUAAUUCGACGCAUGCUCAGUUUAAACCCUGUUCAGGCCAUGAGAGAGUCAGCCCGGAAAGAUACAAACGAGAUUACCACAACGCAGGCGCAGCCUAUGUGAGAGAUGCGGUAUACUCAGUCGCGAAUGGACUGGGUGAGAUACUUAACUGUCACGCCCAGACCCCCUCUUGCUCUGAGUGGUUUUCCUCACUCCGUCCCGAUGAUCUAUUGACAAGCCUAAAAAAGGUUUCAUUCACAGGGCUUACUGGCUAUAUUGACUUCCGAAAUGGGCGGGUUCAGGCAGCUUACGAUAUUUAUAAUCUUCAGGAGACCGAGAAGGAUGGGUUUAAGCUCGUUCAAAUUGGAACGUGGGAUGAAGGAAAUGCGCAUGCACAGGGACUAAGGCUACAAGACGAUUUAGUGCAAUGGCACAGAGGUAUUAAACCGCGCACCACUUGCGGAGAGAUCUGUCCUUCUGGAACUUACCGAAGUAUCCCUAAUCAGUGCUUCUGGGAGUGUGUCCCGUGCGAUAAAGACACCGUAAGCGAACGAUCAGGCAGCACCGAAUGCAAGAGUUGUCCCAAAGGAUACAUAUCCAAUGAAAACAACACAAAGUGUGAUGAGGUGCCCAUUGAGUAUAUUGAAUGGGAUGAACCGUGGGGCGUGGCACUCUCUGCCCUUUCAGCCUUCUGCGUACUUCUUACAUUAGUUAUCCUGGCAAUUGUCUUGCAACAUCGUAAAACUCCAAUAAUCCAAGAAACGGGUGGAUUUCUUAACUAUGCUUUCUUAGUGGUGAUACUUUUGUCGUAUAUUUUCAAUUUAGUCCACCUCACCAAGGUGUCCGAUCUGACUUGUCGCAUGCUCCCUCCUUCGUUUUACGUGAUAUACACGGCUGCAGCCUUGGUGCAAUUCCUUAAGGUUUAUCGCAUCCGCCUUCUCCUGAAGCCACCCACACCACCGGCUACCCACGACAUGAAAUUGGUCUACAUAAUCGUGGUGUUCGUGUGGAUUCUUCCCGUUUUUAUCUCGAUCAUUUGGAUAAUUUCAGACCCUCCUAUAUUUGAAAAGUACAUUAUAUCGAGGUUGAUAAUUUACGGUAUUUGCACACCUUAUCAAACCAACGUUGGAAUGGCGUUACGUUAUAUGAGUGCAAUUAUUUUAUCGCUAAUUAUUGUUGGCGCUAUGGUGGUAGCCUACAGUACUAAAGGUCUCCCACAUAAGCAGAAAUUUGACGAAGCCAAACACUUAGCGUUCUCACUGACUGUGUUUACCGUCACUUUUACCACAUUUUACCCAGGAUGGUCUCUUAUAAAGGGCCCAAGUUUGACAGUGUUCGCAUGUAAGACCAAUUUAGUCGCCGCUACCGGUACAGUCCUUUGUAUUUUUGUCCCCAAGCUGUGGCUCAUUUAUCGCUUUCCCCGUCACAACACCCUAACCUACGUUCGUCCUGCGCCCCAGAUAAAGUCAAAAGACGUCAGAUCCACAACUAUGUUGUCAAUCGGGCAGGUUGCUCUAAAGAUAGGUGAUAGCCCCUGUGCGAGCUAAGGAUCACCGAAGGCGCAACGAGACUCAACGAAUACGUAAAAAGGCUUGCCGAAGACGAGACAAGGCUCUCCGUUAUUGAAAACGAAACAAGGCUCACCGAAAACGCAAAGAGAAUCGCCGAAGAAUCAUAUAAAACUUAACCUCUAACUCCCAUGAGUGACCAAGAUAGAAUUUCUCCAUACAAUAUUGAUACAAUAUCGGGUAGACAGUGAUGAGAAUAAAGAAAAAUAUCAGCUAGGGGAUUAUACGUUGAUCCAACACUAAAUUCUCCAAACUAACAUCACAAGAACGGUAUGGCAGACAAUAAGGAGAAUUACUAAUGAGAUCUUGGGAGUUAAAGGGUUAAGUGAACUUCUCUUUACAGGAAUGUUAUAGUACUCUUAUUCGAUUAUUCAAUUUUUGUAAGAUUUUGGGGCACUUUUUAACCCUUUAACUCCCAGAUCAAAUUUGUUAUUCUCCUUA